GUAUUGUAGUUUCUACGAUACGACCCUGUCAUUUUCUGUUUUUGUGACAGAAGACCAGAUGUCUGCCGCCGUUAUUUUGGCCGCUGUACUCGGCGGUGGAGUGAUCCUUAUCGCUCGGAGAUUAUUUUCGAGACGGUCGUCCGUGAAGAUAGUGCGUCAUCCGACCGGGAUGAUGCGCGGAAAGACGGUGAUCAUCACUGGCGCGAACAGCGGCAUCGGCAGGGCCACGGCGGCCGAACUGCUCAAGCUCCAAGCACGGGUCGUCAUGGCCUGUCGGGACCGGCAGAGCGCCGAAGAGGCGGCCCGCGAGAUGAGGCAGGAGGCGGGGCCGGACCAGGGCGAGCUGGUGGUCAAAGAGCUGGACCUGGCUUCCCUCACCUCCGUGCGCUCGUUCUGCCAGGAGAUCAUACGGGAAGAACCCAGAGUUGAUGUGCUCAUCAACAACGCAGGCAUCUACCAGUGCCCCUACACCAAGACAGAGGAGGGCUUCGAGAUGCAGUUUGGGGUCAAUCACCUGGGGCACUUCCUCCUCACUAACCUCUUGCUGGACCAUCUGAAGAAGUCUUCCCCUAGCCGCAUCGUCAUCGUCUCCUCUAAGCUCUACAAGUACGGUCACAUCAACUUCGACGACCUCAACAGCGAGCGGAGCUACAACAAAGCCUUCUGCUACAGCCAGAGCAAGCUGGCCAACCUGCUGUUCACGCACGAGCUGUCCGGGCGGCUCGCCGAUUCGGGGGUUACCGCCAAUGCCCUCACGCCAGGGAUCGUGCGGACCAAGCUCGGGCGCCACGUCCGCAUCCCUCUCCUGGCCAGGCCCCUCUUCCACCUUGUCUCCUGGGCAUUCUUCAAGAGCCCUCUGGAGGGGGCGCAGACCCCCAUCUACCUGGCCUGCUCUCCAGAUGUGGAGGGCAUCCAGGGCAAGUGCUUCGCCAAGUGUCAAGAAGAGGAGCUGUUGCCAAAGGCCACCGAUGACCAGACGGCCAGGAGACUCUGGGACAUCAGCACCGUCAUGGUGGGUCUGUCAAACUGAGACGGAUGCUGUGCGAGACCAUAGAGACUCCAGCAUUACACACGAGUGGAGAGAACCUGCUGUCGUUUGACUCACCGCAGGUGACAUUUAAAUUUGUGAUUUCACUCUGCUGCUACAUACACCUGGAGUGUACUGUGUUUUCAUCCUCAUUUAAAACACUGUCAACUGAAUGUAAGACAUUUAUCUAAAUAGAAAGAGAUUAUUUAUCUAAUUAGAAAGAGGUUUCCCAAGAACUGAUCCACUUCACAAUUCAUAUUAAAUGGUGUGAUAUUUGGUGAACUGUGCUGUGUAUGUAUAUAUAUUGACACAUAGGUGACAGUCGUACGUGUCCUGCUUACUGCUACAGAAGGAUGGUGUAAACCUUCACAUAAUGAUAAAAAGAAAUGUACAUUUGAGGACAUGUAUUGUGUGCUUACAUAUUCCGGACCUCCUUAAACAGGUGCGUACACAGCUCAGCUGUGUCUAAAGUGUGCUUUUAUUUGGUUUUGCCUUACUUAUCAAUUGGAGGAGGACAAU